UGAGCCCACCCCGGCCGCGGUUUGUCCCUCCCGCCCCGCCGUAGCUCGGCGCGCCGCGGGCGGUGAUGGGAAGUGUAGGCGGAAGAGGGCGCUGAGAGCGGCGGGAGGGAGUUUUGAGGGGUCCCCGGGACGGAGCCCCCCCCUCAGCCCGGUGCCAUGGACGCCCUGCACGAGGCCGGGGUCCGCGCUGCCGUGGCCCUGCAGGCUGGGCCACCUUGGCUGGAGCCCUUCUGGCUCUUCCUGAGCUCCCACCUGGACCCCAAGGCUCUCUACACCGUGUGCUUCCCGCUGGCCCGCGGGCUGGACCCCCACGUGUCCCUGAUGGUGCUGUGGGUCGCCCUCGUGGCCGAGUGGCUCAACGUGGUCUGCAAAUGGUUCCUGUUCGGGGAGCGCCCGUACUGGUGGAUCCACGAGUCGGGGCUCUCCAGCCGGGAGCAGCUCCCGCUGCGCCAGUUCCCGAUCACCUGCGAGACGGGACCCGGGAGCCCCUCGGGCCACUGCAUGAUCCUGGGGGCGGGCCUGUGGCCCAUUGUCACCGCCCUGAGCCACGGAGUGGCCAGGUACAGCCACAGCCGGGCGCUGAGGCUGCUCCCGUUCCUGCUCUACGUCCUCCUGCUGGUGGCCAUGGGGCUCUCCCGCAUCUUCGUGCUGGCCCACUUCCCCCACCAGGUGGUCACCGGCUCCCUGGCAGGGCUGGCCCUGGGCUGGGGGCUGCAGCGCCGGCCCCCCAACUUCCACAGCGGCCGCUUCUUCCUGGGCGCGGCGCUGGGGCUGCUGCUGGGCACGCUGGGACUGCACGGGCUGGCCACGGCCGCGGGGCUGGACCUGGACUGGUCCCUGGGCCGGGCCAGCUCCCGGUGCUCGGAGCCGUCGUGGCUGCGGCCCGACACGCGGCCCUGGGCGUCGCUGGUGCGGGUGAGCGGCAGCGCGCUGGGGCUGGCGCUGGCGGCCCGGCACCCCCUCGGCCGCCGCGCCGCCGACGAGCUGCGGGCGCUGGAGCCGCCGCUGGGCAGCGCCACGCUGGGGCUGCUGGCGCUGGACCUGCUGCACAAACUGCCCCAGAGCGGCGACACCGCGCUCUGGUACCUCGGCGUGGGCGCCCGCUACGCGCUGGGGCCCGUGCUGGUCACCUCGCUGCUGCCCCGGCUCAUCCUCGCCCUGCGGCGGCUCCGGGGGACCCCCUGAACCCCCCCCGGGGCGAGUGGGGGGCUCUGGUCCCGGUUCACCUGUCCCAGGGACCCCCGGAUUGAGCAGGGGGUGUCUGCUGUGUUCCCAGUUCGUUCUCACACUCCUUUUGCCCCAGGGAACCCCAAUCUGAGUAGGGGGUCCCCACUCCUGUCCCGGUUUGUCCUCACCCUCCCUUUCCCCAGGGACCCCCCGAUUGAGGGGGGCCCUGCUCUGUUCCCGGUUCACUCCCUCCCCCCACAACCCCCAGUUCUCCCAGUUCUCCCAGUUCUUGUUCUCCCCCCUGCCCCAGGGACCCCCCCUCACCCCGGGCUGGG